AUGGAUUUCCCCGUAGUUGACCCAGUUCAUCAGACUGAAGGGGAGCCCCGGGCGACUGAAGCUAUCGCGACUCAGGCGGUCACCACUGAGCCUACCACCAACGACAUUGAGACCACGGCCGGACCCAGUGGAACCGAAGACGCCGCAGCCGGCCACGAACACGAUGAUGACGCAGCAUCCGUAGCCAGCAGCGCCCUCACAGAGAACUGGAAGCACUCCUUUGAUGAAGACCUCAGCGACGCCCUCGCUGGCAUCCAGACCCAGGGCACCUUUGCCUCGUUCCACCCCCUGAAGCGCGUGGACCCAGACCUCUCCGUCCAGGAUGUUGGAGCCGUCAGCCUGCCGCUGUCAGAGUCGACGGUACGGCAGCUGAUCGACAAGGCCAUCCGCGCUCCGUUCGGUAAGGGGAGCGAGACCAUUGUCGAUACUGCUGUGCGCAACACGUGGGAGCUGGAUCCUAGCCAAUUCAAGCUCCGGAGUCCGCGCUGGGCAGCAGAUUUGCAAAAGAUUUGCGCUGUUGUGGCAAAAGAUUUGGGCGUCACGUUGCCUGGCUACCGCGUGGUGCUCACGUACAACCUCGCCGUCGACCCUGCGGCCUCGCGACCAUCUGCGGGAUUGCGGAGGCAAGAGACUCGCGGCCUACGCCACACCCUCCGGCGGUGGCUGAAGGACCCUGAUGCUGGCGAGAUCGAUCAUGUCUAUUACGGCCUGGGCCACGAGUACACCGAGGCCAACAUCUCGAUGAAUGCGCUCAAGGGGCGAGACGCGGCCAUUGUGCAGACGCUUCAGGAGCUCUCCGCGGGGCUCGAGUUUGAUGUGCUUCUUGCGCUGACGGAGAAGAAGGAGAUUGGGCCGACAAAGUAUGCGGGCAAUCCACAGAAAAAGGUCAAGAAAACUCGGCGAAAACGCAAGCAGACGAAGAGAUGGUCUGAAGCAGAGUUGCGGGAGGGAGCCGACUUAUUUGACAUGCGGGUGGAGGACUUUGAAUCCAGCUCGGAUGGGUUCGAUUCAGAUCCCAAUGAGGCACAGAUGUCUCACGAGACUGAGGUCCCGACUUAUAAGUCUCUAUCUGUCAAGGUGGUCGUAGACCUGAGCGGGAGUCCGAUACUUCGUGAUGUUGGGUUGGAUUGGAACAAUGUUCUUGAUGCUAUGGAGUUCUUUGGUGGCGCAGAACGACACGAAAAGUAUGAAGGAUAUCAGGGCAACUGGGGACCGACAGCUACCCACUGGUACUGCACGACGGCCGUGCUCAUCAUUCGCCGGGACAAAAUCUCUUCGUUCCUCAAAGGUAGAAUGACGGACAAGUGGGAUCCCGAUGAGAACCACUCAGUACUGCUCGAUUAUCUGACAGACUCUGUUCUCAAGGCUUUGCAGAACCGCAAGUCGUCCUACGAGACCCUGAAGGACAUAUGGGGCACGUCGAUCCUUCGCCCAGAAACGAGAGCCCACACCCUGAGCAGGAUGUUGCGAUCCGCCGUGGCGUUGAAGGAUUUCGAAUUUUUCGAAAAAGUCAGCGAGAGCAGAAUCGACAAGGAAGGGGAGAGGCCCCUGCCCGCUAGCUACUAUCAAUUGCUUUACGACAAAGUCUCAGACGGCGAAGUAGCUUUUUCUCAUAUAAAAAAGGGGUACGUGUUCUAUGCAGUUCUCUGUCCCAUGCUUCCAACUUUCGUCCUCAUUAACCACGUUACGGUCGUUUCCAGCUUGACUUCCACAGUCCUCAAGGGUCGACAAUUCUUCGAGAUCUGCGAGACGGUCUGGGCCUUUGCUCCUCCCGAUCAACCCUUGUCUGACGAAAUUCGGGAAUGGGCACGAGCAACGCUCACCAAAGGUUUAAAGGACAUUGCUGAUGCAGCAAUAUUCAUCCGGCAAGAUGGUCUAGCUUUGGUGAUGUGCGCCGAGAGGUAUGCCGACUUUGAAUGGCUUUCCUCAGUUGUCAUGCCCUUGAUCGAGGAGCUACUUGUCAGCACACCAGCUUUUGCGCUAGAGUUCCUAUCAGCGCUGCUCUCGGGUGCGAGACGCAAGGCUUUCCCGGUGACUCAGGCUGUCAACUUGUACAAGAGACUCGCCAGAGACCUCAUCUCGAUGCUCGACCUCGAAAAGGUCCACGGGCCCAGAGGCGAUGACCCAGCCCACAGGGCGGCGAGAAACACAUACGGCCGGACGGCGCCUCAUGCCCCUGAUCACCGCCUCGCCCUGACCCACGUCGCCGUAGCAGACCUCUUCUCCGGCCUCAUUAAGCUCGCGUCCUCCCCUCCGCAAGAGGACCUCGUCCUACCGCUGGUCCUCAAAAUCGUCAGCCACGCCCCCAAGAUGCAGCCCCUCGACUUUCCUGUCCUCUGGAUCCCGCUCCUACGCGAACUCCUCGCCAUCCUGGAAGCCACCAAGACGCCCCUCGACACCCCGCGCUACCAACAACUCUUCGCCGCCGUCUUCGAAGCCUAUCGUGACAACUACGUUGGCUCGAAACCAGUCCGUCCGCCAUCAGGCCAGCUGGGAAGCGGUAUGUACCUCGUGCAAUUCUGCACCUGCGGCGACUGCAGCAAGCUCGACAACUUCCUCGCCAAUCCGUCGCAAACGUCACUUCGCUUAAUCAUUGGCACCAAAAAGCAGCGGCAUCACGUGCGCAGGGUCAUCUAUGAUCACGGCAUUCAAGUCACGCACGAGACUGAGAGGUUUGCGCCCGGAGGGCCUACGAUGGUGAUUACCAAGAUGGGGCAGAUGGAUGUCGCGAAGCAACAGGCGAGGGCAAAGGAGGCCGAAGCGGUCUUCCAGGCGUUUGAUCAGACCAAUUUGGGGGUGUUGCUUGGUGAGGAUUACCCGGCCAUUGCGACGGUGUUGUGGCAACGGCCGGUGAAUUUGGUGCCGGGGCGGGGCGGUGUGAGAUAUCCGCCGGCUCCGGUUGCGGCUCCGGUUGUAGCCGCUGUCCCCCCUCCUGUUCCCGCUCCGGGACCUGCUGCUGCGGAUUACGUACCGCUGGGGCAUACCAUUGUGGCGGCAGUCGGGCCCGCAUGGAUUCCACCGCCCACGAAUCGUCAUCAGCCGAUGAUCGGAUCUGAACGGGGCCCGCCGCCGGAGGAUUUAGAAUACAAUACGACAGUAGAGGACUAUUGGCGCGCUAGAAAUCCUCGGUCCAGGAGCGGUCCACAGCCGAUGAACGGACCGGUGCAAACGCCUACAGAAAUGCAAUCCGCGCCUAGGCCUUUUGCGCCGACGACAGGAAAUGCUGGAGGACCGUUGCGGCCGCCACCGUCUGUUGCGAAUGGGAUGGGUUUGGAUGCAGUUCCUGGGCCAAGUCGGGCUCCGCCGCCUAUUGCUGGGACGAAACGGAAGGCUGAGCCGGAAAUUAUUGAUUUGACGUAGGUUGCUAGGU